UGCAGCCAGAGGGUCAAAGUACAGAAACCCAGACACGGUGUGACUCGGUGUGUUGGUGAAUAAAUGAAGCAGCUGCUCCAGGAAAGCUGAAGUGUGUUAGUUAGGUUCAAAUCAACCUGAUAUCUGAAACAUGUCCAGUAUGUGUUGAACUCGAGGUCAAGUUCCUCUUUAUUUACUGUGAUCGUGUCGGGAUCAGUCGCUGGAGAAGCUUUUGACUCGUUUACUGUUCGUUUGUCUUUAUGACUUUAGCUUCGGUUAUUAGGAGUUCACCAGGUUUCAGGCCUGUUCUUCAGUAACAGACACGGAGGAGCGGAGACCCGGUUGUUCGUUCUCACAGAAUGAAAGAAAGAUGUCUGCGUUCAAGUCUCUGGUUGUGUGGAUCCUCAUCAUGUGGACUUUCACCACAGCAGAUGAUGAGGUCUCCUGCGUUUUAGAGGAGAGCUGCAUCUUACCCUGCAGUUUUCAACCUGGUCCAGACCCAGUCAUCCACUGGAUGCAGGUGGAACCAGGGAACACUCGUGUCCACUCCUACAACGGUGACAGAGACCAGUUUGAUCACCAGAGCGAGCGCUUCAGAGGCCGGACAUCGCUGUUCACAGAUCAGAUCUCCAGUGGAAAUGCUUCGUUAAGGCUGACGGGGCUGCAGCUUCAGGACCAGGGACGAUACGAGUGUUACACCAGCACCCUCACUGGAGCCGGCAAGUCGUCAUUUGUCAACCUGAGAGCAGAUGCUCCGGUGCGUCACGUGGACAUUGAGCAGGUGGAGGACAGCUUCACCUGCCGCUCAGAGGGGAUCUACCCCGAGCCGCAGCUCACCUGGUCCACCAGGCCUCCGUCCAACUUCACCCUUCAGAGCCAAACCACAGUGAAGGAGACGGAGCAGCAGCUCUAUGAGAUCAGCAGCACAGUGACACUGUCAGACAGAGACACUGUUCUGAUCUGCAGCAUCAGCACUCGCCAUGGCAGGAGGAGCGCAGUGUGGUAUCAACCCACUCCUGUCCGUGUGUUACCAUUUAAAACCACAACAAUCCACUGCACUGCUCCAAACACCAAACCCCCGACACAUUGCGUGUGGAAAUUCAACCGCAGGCAGAUAAUUGUGAACCAGACCGGGGUCGACGGCCUCCACAGCGUCUCAGAGCAGUGGAGGCAGCAGGUGGAGGAUGUGUCAGCGUCAGGCAGCCUCACGCUGCACCACUUAUCUUCAGAUCACCAGGGAACGUUCACCUGUGAACUCAGUAGUGAAGAGGAGACGCAUUUCAUCAACAGCUACGUGACGAUAGACAAAGGUAAGAUCCCAUGAGAUGAGAACUGAUUGAUGAAAUCCUCAGAGCGACUGUCAGACCUGAGGCUGGUGCAGUGAGUCCUGGUUCCUCCUGGUGGAGCAGAUCCCCCAGGGCUCCGUCCUCCAGCUCCUCAGGAGCAUCAUGUCCACAUGUUGUCAGGAGAACAUACAGGAACGAGGAGGCCACACACACACACACACACAAAAACACACACACACACACACACACACACACACACACGCACACAACACUUUACACUGAAGACACAUCACUGCACUUUGUUGAUGCUACAGUUCA